UGACAAUGCGUAAGGUGGUUUUGGUCACCGGGGCGAGCAGUGGCAUCGGCUUAGCUCUCUGCAAGCGUCUGCUGGAGGAAGACGAUGAGCUUCACCUGUGCUUGGCAUGCAGGAACAUGGGCAAAGCAGAAGCUGUCCGGGCUGAUCUGCUGGCCUCUCAGCCCACAGUCGAGGUCAGCAUUGUGCAGGUGGAUGUUAGCAACCUGCAGUCAGUGUUCCGGGCCUCCAGGGAGCUCAAGCAAAGGUUUCAAAGAUUAGACUAUGUGUAUUUCAAUGCUGGAAUCAUGCCUAACCCACAGCUGAAUAUCAGAGCACUUUUGUCUAGCAUCUUCUCAAGAAACGUGAUUCAUGUGUUCUCCACAGCUGAAGGACUGCUGACCCAGCAAGACAAAGUCACCGCUGAUGGGCUUCAGGAGGUGUUUGCAACCAAUGUCUUUGGCCAUUUUAUCUUGUUUCGGGAGCUGGAACCACUCAUCUGUCACAGUGACCAUCCAUCUCAGCUCAUCUGGACAUCAUCUCGAAAUGCAAACAGAUCUAACUUCAACCUUGAGGACAUUCAGCACAGUAAAGGCCAGGAACCAUACAGCUCUUCCAAAUAUGCCACUGACCUCUUGAGUGUGGCUUUGAACAAGAACUUUAACCGUCAGGGUCUGUAUUCUAGUGUGGUAUGCCCGGGUACAGCGUUGACUAAUUUGACGUACGGAAUUGUACCUUCCCUUAUAUGGACACUGAUGCUACCAUUCAUAUGGCUGUUUCGCUUUUUCGCAAAUGCUUUCACUUUGACACCAUACAACGGAGCAGAAGCAUUGAUAUGGCUUUUCCACCAAAAACCUGAGUCUCUCAGUCCUCGGACAAAAUAUAUGAGUGCCACUACUGGCUUUGGAAGCAAUUAUGUAAUAACCCAAAAGAUGGACCUAGAUGAAGAAACUGCUGAACAAUGUUACCAAAUCUUGCUGGAACUGGAAAAGCAUGUGAGAACCACCAUUCAAAAUUCAGAUCACCAGAGCUGA